AUGGCCUGCCAAAGCUGCAGGCAGCACACCCGGCUCCUCGCCAGGAGCCUCCGCGCCACGGCCGACCUCUACCCAGCCGGCUUGACGACACUGACAAGAGCGACGGCGACGACGACAGCGAGUCCGACAUCAACAGCCUCCUCCCCGGCAGCGUCCGCGAGACGACGACCCUUCAGCAGCUCCGCGUGCCGCCGCGCUGCAAAGACCCCCACGCGACCGUCAGCGCCCGCCUCGUCCGUCGGCCCAGGCACCCCCGGCACCGCCCCUGACGAGCAGACGGGCCCCGUCUCGGGCGCCCUCGCCGGCGCCCUGCGCGGCAAGUUCCAGCCCAACCUCGGCGGGAACCCCUACGUCCUCAGCAACCAGCUCGACAAGCUGUACAAGGUCUGCGCCGCGCCGGCCGCCUACACCAUCUCCGAGGACCUUCGCAAGGCCGACAGCGUGCCCAAGACGGACGACGGCGAGGAGCUCGGCACGCCUCACGGGCCGUGGCUGCAGACCCUCGGCCCGUUCAGCUCGUGGUCCCACGUCACCAUGCUGCACAUGUACCUCAUCAUCGCGCGCAUGCGCUGCCUGGACCGCGACGCGGCGCGCACCAUGCAGGCCCAGUUCGUCGACAACUUCUUCUUCGACUGCGAGCGCGUCAUGCACCUGAACCACGGUAUGACUUCUUCGGCGCUGCGCCAGCGCUACCUCAAGGACAUCUUCAUGCAGUGGCGGGGCCUCAUCGCCGCCUACGACGAGGGGCUCGCCAAGAAGAGCGACAGGGCCCGCGAGGACGCCGACCUCCGGAGCCUCGCCGCCGUCGUCGCCUGGAUGCGCGCCACGCUGCGCGACCUCGAGGGCAUGGCCGUCGACGACAUUGUCGCGCGGUCCGCCGCCGUCUUCCUGCGGGACCCGAGGGGCAUGUUCAAGCUCGUCGACGAGCCGAGCGCCGCGCUCAAGGGCGUCUUCAAGGACGGCGACGCUGCUGAGGCGCCCCAGCCGGACGCCGUCAAGGCGUGA